CUUCAGUCUGUCCGCGUCGAACUGAAAGCACCCGGUGAGACAGAUACAAACCAUGUGACCGAGGCUUGUACCGUGUUACUGGAUCAGACGCUGUACGAUCUAGUCGAGGGGGAUGCUGUGUGGUCGAUCGAUCGUGAAACUCAUGUUGCCAGUUCCUCGAGCGCCACUACCGCCCUGUGUAUCCGGCACGAUGUGGACGGGGUUGUAUGGCUUCCACACCAUCUGAACGAACCCGCUCCACACACGAGUGCAUCCAAGACGAAGAAACGCACCGAUCGGACUAACCCCACAUGCCCUUGGCUGCAUACAUGCACGUUACAAGCUUUCGGCUACGUCCUAGCAAGCAAAAGAGAUCAUCGAUUUGUGUCCGCCCCACUACUAACACCUCCCACUCCCCUACCAUUUGUUGCGGUAGCCGAUGCAUCGAAGAGGAUCUACGUGUAUCGUCAACCGUUGGACACCAGCGAUUUUCCCAGUGGGGAUACUGAGCUUCGUCGUCGUAAGGUUGCCAAGACAGAUCAACCCAUUCCCGAAGGUGUCGUGCAUGUCGCCUGGCAACAUGUGAUCUGUUUGCCCGACAAUGAACCGAUUAUCGGAUUUGUGGCUUUGUCUAAACCGUAUCCCGCAUGUGUGGCGUGUACGCAAAACAAUUUGUAUCUGCUCUCGUUACUUGGCUAG